UUUCACUGUGAAGAUUUGGCUGCCUCAGCCGUCAGGUCGCCACCACCAUGAGUCUGGGCAUCAUGGAGGAGGAAGACCUGGCCGAGUACUUCCGGCUGCAGUAUGGGGAGCGGCUGCUGCAACUGCUGCAGAAGUUCCCCAACAUCGAGGAGCAGUUGGAGUCUCCAUCCAUCCAGCUACUGGAGAAGAAGAAGGAGGCCAAGAUCAUGCACCAGGCUAUGGAGCAGAAGAAGAAGACAUUUCAGCGCAGAAUGGAAACCUUGAACCUGCGCUGGGAGGAACUGGGCGUCAAGGAGGCCCAGCUGAAGGCCCACAUCCAGAAGUUUGAGCAAUUCAUCCAGGAGAACGACCAGAAACGGAUCCGCGCCCUGAAGAAAGCCAACAAGGAGCGAGAACUCAAGAGGCAGCGCCUGCGCGAGCUGACCAAGGCCAAGCAGGAGAUGGCAGCCCUGCGGCUGGAGCACCAGCGGCUGAGCGCCAAGCUACAGAACUACUCCAUCUUCAACAAGUUCCUGGAGAAGGUGGUGGAGAACUCGGAGUUCGAAGAGAUCCACGAGGUGAUCGCACGCUACAAGACGCUGGUAAGCAUGCACCACGACCUCAUGCAGUCGGCGCAGGAGGGCCAGGAGAAGAUCGAGCGCGCCAAGGCACGGCUGGCACGCUACAUGGAGGAGAAGGACGACGAGAUCCUGCAGCACAACAAUGAGUUGGCGCGCCUGCAGAUGCGCUUCGACCGCGCCCGCAGCGAUGUCAUCGUCUGGGAAUCUCGCUGGGCGCACAUCCAGAACACUGCAGCCAAGAAGACCCUCUUGCUAGGCACCAUUAAGAUGGCAACGCUGAACCUCUUCCAGAUCGUGAGCAAGCAGCUGAAGGAGUCGACCUACGUGUCCCUGGAGGACACUCAUAAACAGCUGGACAUGAUCCAGCAGUUUAUCCAGGACCUGUCAGACAUCUGGGCAGAGGUGAAGAAGAAGGAGCAACAGCAAAUUCGGGUUUAAGGAGCAGUCAUGGUUCCAGAAUGUUCUGAGAGAAACUGAGAGAGAAUAAGUUCCUGGUGAGCUUGCAGUCCAGUCAGCCCAGCCCGGCCCUCUGGGACCCCUGUGCCUUUCUGCUGGUGAACACCCUGCCAU